AUGGACUACAAUCUCAUUACAGUGACAGAGUUCAUCCUCCUCGGAUUUCCAGCCCUCUUCCCUGUACAGACUGCUCUAUUUUGUUUAUUUUCAAUAUUUUACAUGUCGACUCUCCUGGGAAACGUUCUUAUCAUCGUCACAACUACCUUCAGCUCUGAACUCCUCACUCCCAUGUAUUUCUUCCUCUGCAACCUGUCUCUUCUUGAGAUAUUUUAUACCUCGGUGACCAUUCCUAAGAUGCUUCUUAAUUUCCUUCUGAAGACCAGUUCCAUCUCCUUCAUGGCUUGCGCUGCCCAAGUGUAUUUUUUCAUAGCCCUGGGUAGUAUCGAGUGCACCUUACUAGCUGUCAUGGCUUAUGACCGAUAUUUAGCCGUCUGCCAUCCACUACAUUAUGUGUUUAUGAUGGACAAAAGUAAAUGUGCCAUGUUGGCUGGCAGCUCCUGGAUCAGCGGGUUUGUCAACUCUAUGAUCCAUACUACUUGUGCUUUUCACCUUACAUUUUGCUCCAACAGGAUAAAUCAGUUCUUUUGUGACAUCCCACCCUUGCUGAAGGUGGCUUGUGGUCAGACUAUGGAUGCUGAGAUUGUCCUUUUCAUCGUUGGUGGUGCUUAUGGAUUUGGAUCUUUCCUGUUGACUUUAAUAUCAUACAUUAACAUCAUUUCCACCAUCCUAAAGAUAAGGUCUAAAGAAGGACAACAAAAAGCCUUCUCCACUUGUACAUCACAUCUCGUUGUUGUGACAUUGUUCUUCGGAACUUCUUUCUCUGCUUAUUUGAAUCCUACAUCAAAAAAUUCAUCGGAGGAAGAGAAGCUGGUACCUGUGUUUUAUGCUGUAAUUACCCCCACCCUGAACCCCAUAAUAUAUACACUGAGAAAUAAGGAUUUCAAAAGAGCACUGAAGAAAAUGAAGGUUCAUGCUUUUGCAAAGUUUUAG